AAAAACAGCACCAAAAAGCUACCGCUUAGUCAUCCAAUCAAAAUCUCGCAGAAUCCAAUCCUUUUUCGUGCCUACCAAACCACUCCAACCACAUCAUCCGACUCAAUCCCGAACGAAACGCCCGUAGCUUUCGCGAAAAAAAUAAUCCUUCUCCUCCAACGUCACCGACGCAACAAACCUCCCGCCCUCCCACCCUUCGGUCGACCCGCUUGCUACCUCUCCUCUCUAAUCGAAAACAAAAAUGUCUGCCUCUAUCCUCCGCGUCGCCGCCCGCGGCUCGAUCAGCUUCUUCCGCGCGAACCCCAUCCGCCAGCCUCUCGUCGCCCGUUCCGGCAUGCUCCUGCCCAUCGUCGCGGGUGUCCCGGCCGCCAGCAACUUCAGCACCAGCGCCCGCCUUCGCUCCGGCGACCACGCCGAGGAGACUUUCGAGGAGUUCAGCGCGAGAUUCGAGAAGGAAUUCGAUGGCGUCCAGGACGUUUUCGAGCUUCAGCGUAACCUCAACAACGCCUUCGCCUACGACUUGGUCCCCUCCCCCUCCGUCGUCGCCGCCGCUCUGAAGGCCGCCCGUCGCGUCAACGACUUUGCUACCGCCGUCCGCAUUUUCGAGGGCGUCAAGGCCAAGGUCGAGAACAAGGGCCAGUACGAGCAGUACCUCGAAGAGCUCAAGCCCCUGAGGGAAGAGCUCGGCGUCCCUCUGAAGGAGGACAUCUACCCCGAGGAGAAGAACUAAAUUGUUUCAUCUUCUCUCAGUUGAGCAAAACGAAAAGAGGGUUAUAACGGAAGGGCCUAAAUCGAUUCAUUGAAACCGACGUCACCCCCGGCUAGGGCCAACCAAAACAUCAAAACUCGAAACCAACUUGUAUAUUUCUACAGGAGCAAAGAGGAAGAAGAAGAGAGGAACGGGGGAAGCAAAGUCUGCUUGCCGCGCGCGUGUGUGUGAGAAGUCUGAUAGAACGGGGGAGGAGUUUUUUCCUUGGUAGUGUGUGAUUUUCCCAAUCAAAGUCCCAUGUACCAUCUUAGACCUCUGCUCAAUCUCAUAUGUUACAACCUGAUUCUGCACGUUUCGUAAGACCCUAGAAUCCUCCUCAGUAUCAUCUUGGAUGCGGCAUCUGGACGUUGGGCAAGCUAUUGAGUCGAUUCAAAGUCCUACGUUACCAUCUUGAAGCCUCUUCUCAAAUAUUCUGGUUGGAAUUCG